CCAUCAUAUAACCCUCGCUGCCGCUGAGGCUGAGCCACAAUGAUAUUGAUGGUAGUUGGCGUAGAGAUACGAGGAGCCCUCUACCCCUCGAUAUCUCAGAGCAGGUAUCUUUCUUUCGCUCCCACUUUCACUUAUCCACCGAAGCGUCUUGUAAAGUUUAUCUCUCUAGGCAGGUUUGCCCUUUCUUCAAAACUUCAUUCAGAGUCAAACCACUCAACUCUAAUAGCCGUUUCUCAGCCUUAAGCUUCUACGUUAUGGCAGAGGAUACAGAAACAUCGGUUGACGUUGAGGGCCCGUCCGCCUCGACUACUUUGAAGCCUGAUUCUACCCCAGUGGUCCAAUCGACGAAGAACCAAUCACCUCCUACUGACAGCACGACAGUGCCCAAGUCCUCUGCAUCCCUUGCUCGCGUAUACUCCCAAAGCCCAUUAUCUGCCAUAAACUCAGUACCAUCUACGACCCAGCAAACACCGCGCAUCCCUCCGCCGACCUCCGGUGGAUGGCGAGCAAAUAAAUCACACCAGCAUAGACCACCCUCGAGCUUGGCAGUCAAUAAAUCCCACAACACGAUCAAUGAUGGAGCGGUGGUUGGCGCUGUAAUUGGUGCCGCCGCUCUGGUCUUCAUCACCGUCGGCUCCUACGUGCUGCUGAAACGCAGAUAUCACCAUCACUUACAAGCAAUAAAUAGCCCCGAGCACCAAACGCAGUGCACAGAAAACGAGACCACGCUCGCCUCCGACUCCAAAUUGGGGAUUUUCCUGCCGAGGGAGCAAGACGGUUAUGGGUUCUCUAUCUUACCUAAACUUCCCUUUCGCUCCAAGUGGCUUGGUAGUCCUUCGACUUCUACUUUAACAUCGUCGGCGAAUGGAUCACCGCCUGAGUACGCGUCUUCUCAGUGUGUGGAUACCACUCACACAAGUCUGUUGGGUACUUCAUCUGGCCACCCGGGUGCUGUAGACUCACGAGAUCUCAAGAACUGAUACUGCGGUACAUCACCGAUCACUACCUAAUUAUAUCGCUUUCUUGGACUUGUACAGUACGUUGAUCUUUGGACUUAUGUUCGGUCAUAUUGAGUACGCUUCCAC